AUGUCCUGCCCCCCAGCCGAGGAAAACAACCUCCCAAAUGAAACGCAACUCGAUAUCGGUGCCCAAGUCUCUACUUCUGCUCCCACGCAGAAAGAGAGAUCACAGCACUCGCAAGAACAAAAACAAGGCAAAGAGGACACGGAGUUACCUUGCUUCGAAUUCGCACCUGAGUCCGAAUCCAAAUCCGAGUCUAUCGCAAGAUCAGCACAAUUGUGUCCCAAUUCCCUGCUGUACAGGAUCUGGUCUCUGGUCACUUACACACCGCACCGAUGUCGCUGGGAUCCAUCGAAUCCGGUAAAAUUCAGCUGGGCGUUGACGGUUUUGUUUGGAUUUGCGACGACAUUUACGGUCGCAAACCUCUACUACAACACCCCCCUCCUAACCCUCCUCGCAUCCGACUUCACCGUCCCCUACGAACGCGUCACGCAAAUUCCAACAGUCAUGCAGGCAGGUUACGCCGUAGGCCUAGUUUUCCUCUGCCCGCUAGGCGAUCUUGUCCGAAGAAGACCAUUCACUUUACUCCUGACGAGCUUUACGGCGGUUGUUUGGUUGGGACUCUGUUUGACGGAUAGCUUUGAGUGCUUUGUUGCGCUUAGUUUUGUUGCUGCUGUUUCGACUGUUACGCCGCAAAUAAUGCUCCCUCUAAUCGGCGACAUCGCCCCGCCCUCACACCGCGCAACAGCCAUAUCCCUUGUCUCAUCAGGCUUACUUCUCGGCCUACUAAUCGCCCGCGUCCUGGCAGGAAUAAUAUCACAAUAUACAUCCUGGCGAAAUAUAUACUGGCUCGCGCUGGGUCUGCAGGUUUGUAUCACGAUUAUGUUGUGGGCUUUCAUGCCGGAUUAUCCUGCUACUAUGAAUAUCACCAAAACCCCGCCAGCAUUAGCGUCAGCGUCAGAUUUAGCUCCGACAUCAACGGCACAAGAUACAAGUGGAUCUUCGAAGAAAAGGAAAAAUACCUUCCAGAAAAGACUCAUGCUAUACCCAUCGAUACUAUGGAGUAUCAUUACCCUCUUCAUCAGCAAUCCAACUCUAAUCCAAGCCUCUCUGAUGGGCUUCUGCUUCUCAGUACCAUACACAUCCUUCUGGACGACGCUGACAUUCCUCCUCUCGGCCGAACCAUACUCCUACUCCACGCUUGUAAUUGGUUUAUUCGCCGUCGUGGGUAUACUCCCCAUGGCAUUUGGGCCGGUGUACUCGCGUCUUGUUCUUGAGAGGUCUGUCCCGCUUGUUUCGGCGCUCGUUGGGGUUUUGUUUUGUUUGGUUGGUGCGCUUGUUGGGAUUGUUGGCAGCGACACCAACACGAACGCCAACUUCGACAGCAGGCCCCGGGGAAAUAUCGCUGGACCAAUUAUUCAGUGCAUUUUACUUGAUUUAGGACAACAGGUUGCGUUGACGGCUUGUCGGGUUACGAUUUAUGAGUCUGCCCCUGGUGCGAGGAGUAGGGUGAAUACGGCGUUUGUAUUGUUUCUUUUCGGGGGGGAAUAUUCUUGGGACGAAUUUGGGUGGGUGGUGACUGAGGUUGCUGCGGUGGGAUUUGCAGGGUUGGCGAUUGUUUUGGGAGGGUGUAGAGGGCCGCAGGAGGAGGGUUGGGUUGGUUGGGGUGGUGGAUGGGGGUGGAGGAGGGUGGUUGAGGAGAAGAAGGGGGAUGAGAAUUCGAAGGAGGAUGAGGAGAGUGCCGGUGGUGAAAGGGUUCGAGGUCAAGUUCGUCUUGGUGUGUUGGUACAGAGUGGUGAAGGAGGUGGUGAUGAUGACCGGAUUCAAAUUCACAAUCGUGCGACUCGGACUCAAUAG